CCAACGACCAAAACCAUCCCAGAGCCACGCAAGUUUUUUCAUCAUUAUCCACAAAAAAAAAAAAAGACACACACACACACAAUCAUUCGGCUACUUUCCUCCUUUGAUGUAAUUCAUUAUCCAAGCCACCUUCGAAAAUGGAGCUGACCGUUUCCACAAACCAUCCUAACAACAAUUUCCUUUCUCCGAGGUGGAAUUCCAAUCCAAUCCGACAAACAAUCAACAAAAGUCUCCACUUUUCUCAGCCGAUUCAGAAGAAGCUCCGCCGCCGGAUAUCAAAUUUGGCGGCGGCGAAUAACACAGGCUAUAGAACUGGUAGUAAUAGCAAAAGUGAUAAAAUCAACAAUAAUACUUUGGCAACAACAAGAACUUCGUCGGCGGAGACCGAGACGGUUGCAAUGGCUGCCGGAAAUGGAAAGCCUAGUAGUGCUGGUAACGGGAAUACGGCCUUGGAGCAGCUUGAUUUUGAGCGCGGCGUUUGCAUUCCGUUUCGCAAGUACUCUCCCCAAACAGUGAGGGAUAAGGUAUUGGAGUCAAGAGGCGCAAUAUUGUCACUCAUUGGUCGCGGGGUGGAGAUAGUAUGGAAGUUAGGCCUUUAUUGGUCUACAUUAGUGUAUGAUUAUUUCGUUGGUCGUGAUGAAGAAGUGGUUCCAUUUCGCGCCAGCCAGCUAAGAAAUCUUCUCUGUGAUCUCGGACCUUCUUUUAUCAAAGCUGGACAGGUCCUUGCAAACAGGCCUGAUAUAAUUCGAGAAGAUUACAUGAAUGAACUUUGCAUUCUUCAAGAUGAUGUUCCUCCUUUUCCCGACCAGGUUGCUUUUAACAUCAUAGAAGAGGAAUUAGGUCAACCUCUUGAAGCUGUUUUCAGCAAAAUUUCAUCAGAGACUAUAGCAGCAGCUAGUUUGGGUCAGGUUUACCGAGCUACUUUGUGUGCCUCCGGAGAGGAUGUUGCAAUUAAGGUGCAAAGACCUGAGAUAGAGCCUAUUAUAUAUCGAGAUCUUUUCCUUUUCCGGACCCUGGCAUCAUUCUUGAAUGGCAUCAGUUUACAAAAGCUGGGUUGCAAUGCAGAGCUUAUAGUUGAUGAAUUUGGCGAGAAGCUUCUGGAGGAGCUUGAUUACACUUUGGAGGCUCGCAAUAUUGAAGAUUUCCUAGAAAACUUUAAAGAUGAUCCCACUGUUAAAAUUCCCGGGGUUUACCGACAGCUUUCUGGUUCACAUGUCUUGGUAAUGGAAUGGAUUGAUGGGAUCCGAUGCACUGAUCCACAGGCUAUCAAGGAGGCGGGAAUUGACAUAGAUGGAUUCUUGACUGUUGGAGUAAGUGCUGCCUUGAGACAGUUGCUGGAGUUUGGUCUAUUCCAUGGUGAUCCACACCCAGGAAAUGUUUUUGCUUUGCGUGAUGGACGUAUAGCAUAUGUCGAUUUUGGGAAUGUUGCUGUGCUUAGUCAGCAAAACAAACAGAUUUUGAUAGAUGCUGUCGUACAUGCUGUAAAUGAGGAUUAUGCUGAGAUGGCAAACGAUUUUACCAGGCUCGGUUUUCUGGCUAGUGGAACUGAUGUAUCCCCAAUCAUUCCAGCUCUUGAAGCAAUUUGGCAGAAUUCACUUGAAAAAGGACUUGCUGACUUCAAUUUCAGAAGUGUGACAGGAAAAUUUAAUCAAUUAGUUUAUAAUUAUCCCAUCAGAAUUCCAGAGAGAUUUUCCCUUGUUAUCCGUUCUUUGUUGACACAAGAAGGCAUCUGUUUGACACUGGAGCCAGAUUUCAAAUUUCUUGAGGUUGCCUAUCCAUAUGUGGCAAAGCGCCUCUUGACUGAUCCUAACCCUGCUUUACGUGAACGCCUUAUUCAGGUCUUGUUUAAAGACGGUGUUUUCCAGUGGAAGCGUCUUGAGAAUCUAAUUGUUCUAGCAAAGGAGAAUGUGGCAAAGAUGAGCAGCAACCCAGCACUGCGAGGAGAGAGCAGGCAAAGGUCCAAACAGUGGCGCAUUGAAAGAAAGUUGGACCUUACAGACACAAUAAAGGAUGGAGCUAGACUUUUUCUCCUCGAUGCGGGUAUACGUAGACAGCUACUCCUUGCCCUAACUGAAGAUUCCAAGCUUCACAUUCAGGAGCUUAUUGAUGUGUACAGAUUGCUCGAGGACCAAAUAGAUAUACCGUCUGUAGCUCUAGAAGUCGCACAAGACUUACCAUCUGUUGCUAGGGAUGUUAUGCUGUCCUGGAGUGCCUCUGUCUUGUCUGAUAGGUAGUUUAGGCUACUAGCUUCCGUCUACCACAGUAUAUACCUAUUCCCACUGAAUGAAGUUAGGGCUUGGACUCCAUAAUUCGUAAGACGCCUUCUGUACGCUGUAAAUAUCCCCUUUUAUGAGUUAUGAGGACGUCCUAUCUGCUCAGUGAUUCUUAAUGCCGCAAGAGUACCAAUUAGUGCUCAACAGAUGUUACAAAAGUCAUAUAGUGAUAAUAGAUUUUGUGCAAGACAUCAAGGUAGUUGGUAAAUUAUCUUGCACUGUCAUCGCAAAUACCUAAGUUCUUGCAAUACUUUUAACAAAAAAGUACCUUCAUCAAUAUGUUACAAUGAUGAAUUGUUGACUGGCCUAUGCUUGUCAUUAAAAUUACACUCUAGGCCAUUCUUUUCUUUA